GGUAGGCGACGAGCGAUAACCCUCAGGCCCUAGCGUCUGCACCACUCACACUUCUGCCACUCGGUUCAAGGAGGAAUGGUAGGGUUUCUGCUUCUGUUUCCGACACUGUCUCCUCUCCCAAGCUUGGCCCACCACGCGUCACAGCGUUAUCUUCUGAAAGUCACCCCUCAGAGUGGUCCGCGCCCGAGGCCACGCCCCCCCGUCGCUCUGCGCCGCGCAAGUCCCCAAAUCCAGCUCCCGUCCUAACAUCUCCAGGGUUCCCUCUCCCGGCUUCUGUGCUCCGCUCAGUCUCCAGCGAUCCCUCCCUACCUCCGUCCUCCAUGGCGUCGCUCCUGUGCUGUGGGCCUAAGCUGGCCGCCUGUGGCAUCGUCCUCAGCGCCUGGGGAGUGAUCAUGUUGAUAAUGCUCGGGAUAUUUUUCAAUGUCCAUUCUGCUGUGUUAAUCGAGGACGUUCCCUUCACAGAGAAAGAUUUUGAGAACGGUCCUCAGAACAUAUACAACCUGUACGAGCAAGUCAGCUACAACUGUUUCAUCGCCGCGGGCCUCUACCUCCUCCUCGGAGGCUUCUCCUUCUGCCAAGUUCGUCUCAACAAGCGCAAGGAAUACAUGGUGCGCUAGAGCACGGUCCGUCCCUCCCUCCCCAGCCCCCUUCUCUAUUUAAAGACUCCGCAGACACCGUCCCACUCAUCUGGCGUCCUUUGGGACUUGUGACCCUGGCGAGACGUCAUCCCUGGCCUUGCAAAACUGCGCCCAGCCUCUGGAGGAGACCGGGGGUGACCGCGCCCCGUUCAGAACUACAAUAAAAAGAAGCGGUUCCCCCUAA